UAAACUGUCUUCACAGAGCACCCAAACUGAAGUUAUCUCACUCCAACUCUCUCUCUCUCUCUCUCUCUCUCUCUCUCUCUCUCUCUCUCAAGUUCCUACGCUGCCGCCGAAGAAAAUUCUGCUUUCACGAGUCCUCCUUGCUCUUCACAAGCUUCUCGAUCUCCGUUACCGCACUACCACGCAAUUUCGUCAUCAAUUUGUUUCCAAUUUCCACUCAAUUCGCCUUUUCGCAGCUCGAAUAAUCGGAAAUUGCUUCGCCCAGCCGAUGGAUCGUGCUGGGUUUAAGGAAGCGAAACGAUGAUACAUAUCACGAUGAGCUCGUUGAUGUACUGUUUUUCCUGCUGUGCCUGUAAUGGUGGAGCAAUUUGAGUGAACAGGAGAGGAAGUCCGAUGAAGCAGAAGGUUGCGCAGCGGAAAGCGCUCUUCAAAUGGAAGAGGAAGCUUGCGAUUGUUCUAUUGCUUGUAUUUUGCUUCGGGAGCUUCGUCUUGAUGCAGACUCGGUACGGUCGGGUUAUGAUGCUGGCGUCGUUGCAUCCUCAAUCAGUUCAGGAACCGAAAAUCGCGUUUCUGUUCAUAGCUCGAAACCGGCUUCCGUUGGACAUACUUUGGGAUGCGUUUUUUCUGGAAGGGGAGAAUAAGUUUUCAAUCUUUGUUCACUCGAGGCCAGGGUUUUUAUUUAACAAGGCGACGACAAGAUCGAUCUAUUUUUUGAAUCGUCAAGUUAAUGACAGUAUACAGGUAGACUGGGGUGAAGCAAGCAUGAUUGAGGCAGAACGUAUAUUGCUUAGACAUGCCCUUACUGAUACUUUGAAUGAGCGAUUUAUUUUUCUUUCUGACAGCUGCAUACCUUUAUACAACUUCAGCUACACAUAUGACUAUGUCAUGUCAACUUCAACUAGUUUUGUGGACAGUUUUGCUGAUACAAAGGAAGGGCGAUACAAUCCUAAAAUGGAUCCUCUAAUUCCUGUUUACAACUGGAGGAAAGGAUCUCAGUGGGUUGUAUUGACAAGAAAGCAUGCAAAUGUUGUGGUGAAGGACAGUACAGUCUUUCCUAUGUUUCAACAGCAUUGUAAGAGGAAGUCACUACCAGAGUUUUGGCGGGAUCGUCCAUUUCCUAAUGAUGCAUGGAAGGAACACAAUUGCAUACCUGAUGAACAUUAUGUUCAGACUUUAUUGGCUCAAGAAGGGCUUGAAGGAGAAGUCACACGAAGAUCACUUUCAUAUUCAGCAUGGGAUCUCUCAUUCUCCAAAGACAAUGAGCGUCGUAAUUGGCAUCCUGUAACAUACAAAUUUUCAGAUGCUACUCUUGAUCUAAUACAAUCUAUAAAGAGUAUUGAUAAUAUAUAUUAUGAAACUGAAUAUCGAAGAGAAUGGUGUACCAGUAAGGGAAGACCAUCCAUAUGUUUUCUUUUUGCAAGGAAGUUCACCCGUCCAGCUGCCCUCCGCCUUCUUAAUAUGUCUGCGCUGGGAGUGAAGCCUCAGUAAUAUUGUAAAGGCAGCCAAGUUCCAGUCAGGGAUAACUACAAUUAAGCAGAAUAUACAAGCUCGCUGUAAAUGAGAGGAAGGUCUCGAGUCGGAGGUUACACUGAAUAAUUUCUCUCCAUAGAGGUGUGUAUUUACAAUUUCCACGGUGUAUAUUGUCAUUCUUUUAUACAGAAAAUAAAUGAGAGUGAUAGAGGAUUGUUUUUAUUCACUUGAUCGUGCAUGGAGCUAACUUCUAGAGAACUCAGAGCAUUAGGGAGUUUACUUUUAGGAUAACCCAAGCCAGGAAUGCUGAUCUCUGAACAUUAGGAUCUUGAAAUUAUAAUGUGAUACAUAGUUUACUAGAUAUCAAUGUCUGUUUAGGUUCAAA